UCAGACAUGUAUUUAUCUUUCUGUUCACAUGUAAGGAGAAUAGAUGGACCAUCAUUGAAUGACUGAUGUGUUGGACAGAUCGGGAAAAUAGUGGUUGCAAUUGCUUGACAUGUUCAGCAAAUUUUUAUGCAGUGUCAUUCUACAACCAGCAAACAAAGCAUGAAUUGCAUUUAAAGUGAUAAAUUGUUUGGAGCUAUUCUGUGCAGUUUAUAGCUUUGUUUGAUUUGUGCAUGCUUGUCAAUAGCCAGGCAGGAUGCCAGCUGAUUGUGGGAAUGGAGCGAUCCGAUUGGCCAUCAGGUGACACACCCCCAGUCACUCCUCCAACUUAUUGUUCCACAUUUGUGCACUCCAUGUACAACAGCAGCACACAUGCAUUUCCACAAAGUGAAUAGUAUGCAUGAUACACACUUGCACAAGGAGUAGAUUCUCUGGUGUUAAUUUUGUCUACACGUCAAUUGAUUAGCCAUGGAGGUACCGGUAUAUGGAUGUUGACUAGUUUUGGGCCCGAAUUCACAAAGGUGGUUUUGAAAACCCACGGUUGAGUCCAUGGUUUAUGCAGAUUUCCUGUAUAAAUUAAGCUUAUUUUACUGCGUAUGUUAAAAAAUGUCCAAUGCUGAUGUGCGCUUUUGUCAGAGUGCGCGAAAUUGACGCUUGUUGCCGUGGUUAUCCAAGCUAUUUUAUUCAUGAGUCCACUGUUUUGAAUAAUGAGUCCACUCUUCAAAUAGUGGACUCAUGAAUAGAAUAGCCUAUCUAACCAUGGUAGGCAUCAAUUUGGCGCACUGUGACCAAAGCGUGCAUCGGCAUUGGAAUUUUGUAUACAAGCGCCUGAUACGCGCUAAGCGUAAUUUUUAAAGGAAAGCCAUGGACUUAACCGAGGGUUUUCAAAACCAACUUUGUGAAUUCGGGCCAUAAUGUCUGAUUUCUUCUCUGAUUGUUUAGAAUCAUGAUAAAAUGGCUAUAAAAUAUGCUUCAUGUACAUGGUUGAAAGAAUGUGGUGCCGUCAGUGGCUCUCCUUUUAGAGUUUGAAUAAUCGACAGCUCAGGAAAUCAUUUGGAAGGAAACACCAGAGGAAUAGAGUGAAAACUAUCUGAAAACUAUUUGAACUAUUAUACCUUCAUUAUCUGGGAUACUGGCAACAGAACCAUUGAUUAACAUUGCAGUGUGCAAUCCCUCAUUCUCCACGGCAAGACUUUGAGUAUUAUCUUCAAAGGAAGAAAGAGGUCUCAAAUUUAUUGAGACUUUAGGACUACAGUUUGAACAACCAGGAACUUGGAACAUAUUUGUGGAUUUUACUUGUGUUUUCUUCUGUAGAUCUCAAAUGGCAUAACAAGGAUUUGUUACCUGAAGCAGAUCAACAUGUGUAUGAAUAGGAGAUUUAUGAGAGCCUGAGGGUUUUACUGUCAAGGGUGAAUGGUUUCAGGCUGUAAAAAAAAAAUCUGCUCCAGAGAGUACCAAUAAACAAAUCCUAUGACUAUGCAAUCUUGUUCUGCGAAUCCUGGUGUGUAUGUUAUGCCACUACUGCAUUUAUUCAGUGAGUUUGUACAGAAGGAAGUUUAUUUUAUUUCAUUUGUUCAGCUGUGAAUUGGAAUGACUGAGUGGAGUAUAUACCGGUACUGUAUAUUCAUUGAAUUUUGACUCUUAAAGUUGAUCCUCUUUGUGUGGAACCAACAUGGCCUGGAAGCUGCCAGCACCUCUUGGUUGGCGUUGUACUGACAACUAAAACUGAAAAAAAAUACAACUUUACUCACUGUAAAGAGACAGUAUCUUGUACAGUGUGGCUUAACUUUUAUUUGCAAAUCAAAAUUGGAAAUUGAGCUGAAGCUGGAAGCCUUUAAUUUUACCAGUAUUUUAGAGUGUGGAACUUCAUAAUCAAAUGGAACAUAAAUCUUUUCAUUGGAUUUUGGCAAUAGAAAUUGAGUGACUUCUUGUGAAACUGGAUGGAAUUGUGUUGACCUCAAACUGUAAACAAGUAUUAAGUGGUUCGAAACCAUUAAAACCUCAAUAAUAUCUAUACUGUAGAUAUUUAAAAGCUACUUUGAUUUGCUAUUUGUCGCUGGAAAUUUCAGCCUCAAUGUCUGACCAGGAAACAAAAGUGAAACUUCACAUUUUGGCAUACAUUCUGCAUGCCUAAGGAAUAAAAAGAUCAGAUUGCUGAAAAUGCUGAAAAUAUUGGUCAGUUAAUGUUACUUUAAUAUGGUUUAUCGGACAUGCUACUGCUUUGAACAACUGUUAAUGGUUGAAUAGUUGGCUUUUGAGUGUGUUUAACUAAUGCUGACAACCAUUGGAAAUUGAUCUGCGAUGGUAAAUGAAUGUUUGCUUAGCUGUGAACAUCAAUAAUGAUCUACACACUUUACAGCUAUCCUAACCAAAUCCAGUCUGAAACAGUUCUAUGAGGAUCAUUCGUUUGUCUGUUGGCAACGUUGAAUUAUUAUUUUCAUUUGGCUGGCUUUUGCACCAUUUUAAGUACAUGUGGUUCCUGAUGUAUUGAACAAAUAUCAGGUGGUCUGAUUGAAUGCUUGUAUUUCAUUAACAAUCAUGUCAUCUCUUUGGAUCAGUGCACAUGGUCGUCUUGACCUUUCGAUCCGAGGGUCAACGAUCAUCAUGGCCAGUCAGGUCAGAAAGAUGACCCUCAAUGAGGGAGAACACAAAAACACCACUCUUUACAGACUCAAAAAAGGAUGGACAUUGCACUUCCAGCUUGGGCCGUCCCUGCAGGCUCGGAACGUAAGCGUCUUCACCAACCAUCCACCCCAAGGGAAGACCUUCAAUCGGAAGGAGUUCUACGAGCUUGGUUGGGAGAUGGCUUCCCAGUCACAGUGUGACACGUCGGAGAGAUACUGCAAGGUGGAGCUUGGGCUUGCAGGAGCGUUUCAGUACUACUUCACGAUCGAUAACAGUACGAAGGAGGAAGGCUCAGGGUUCUUCUUGGUAGAUCCUGUCCUGACCGUGGCUGCAGAGACGGACAUCCUUCCCCUCGACUGCAUCACUGCACAGACAGUACUCACCAAGAGCCUGGGACCUUUCUCAUCCUGGGAAGAUCGGUUGAGGGUCAGCCACGAGUCUGGAUACAACGUCAUCCACUUCACACCGAUCCAGGAGCUCGGGGCAUCCAAUUCCUCCUACUCCAUCAGGAACCAGCACGCCAUCAACCCGUCCCUCGAUUGCAACGGCAACAAGGUCACCCUUGCGGAUGUCCAGGGUCUGGUUUCCAAGAUGCAACAUGAAUGGGGUGUCCUCAGCAUAUGCGACGUUGUCUGGAACCACUCCUCCUUCGACAGCCCCUGGCUGAAGGAACAUCCGGAGUGUGCUUACAACGUCCAGAACUCCCCGCAUCUUCGGCCGGCAUUCGUUGUCGAUCGCAUCUUUGCUCAUUUCAAUUCCGAGGUGAUGGAGGGGAAGUGGGAGGCUGUUGGUAUCCCCAAGAUCAUUGACAAUGAGGAACAGUUACAUAAAAUAAGACACAUACUAACCCAUGAAGUCUUCCCUCCAUUCAAGUUACAAGAGUUUUAUCAAUUAGAUGUGGAGAAAACUUUAGAAGAAUUCAGAGAAAGAUGCAAAGGUUCUAAAGAGGCCACACCACAAAAGGAGAGUAAGCCAUGGGAAGUUUCCAUUAUUCAAGAUAAAAAAUACAGAAGAUUAGCGAGUACUAUUGACAUGAACAAGGCCUUGGAUAACUUCAAUAUACAGAGGAACGGAGUUGAUGAACCUGAGGCUCGGAUAGAGCAAUGUUGCCAGGAUCUCCGUAGCCAUCUUGAACGUCUCAAUGGCUUGGCUUCGAACGUGAUGGGAGAGGAUAUACGAAACGCCAUUGAGAAUCUCAUCAGUAAUGUCCGCUAUCAUCAUCUAGAACCAAGUGGUCCGAAGCUGGUCGAGGUCACCAAGAAAAAUCCACUUGUAAAUGAGUACUUUCGACAUCCCGGACCGGCCACCAAUGUCCGAACGGAAGAAGCGUUGAUGGACUCCCCUCAGGCCCCUCAUCUCAUGGCUUCCAACGGAUGGGUUAUGGGCGAUGAUCCUCUGAAGAACUUUGCUGAAGCUGGCUCCAAGGUAUACCUAAGAAGAGAGCUCCUCAACUGGGGCGACAGCAUCAAACUACGAUACGGUAAAAGCCCUGAAGAUUGUCCGUUUCUAUGGCAACACAUGCUAGAGUACACAAAGAACGUUGUUUCUGUGUUUCACGGUGUCCGUAUUGAUAACUGUCACAGCACUCCCAUCCAUGUUGCAGAGUAUUUCUUGGAUGAAGGGCGUAAGAUUCGGCCAGAUUUGUAUGUGAUGGCUGAGUUGUUCACCGCAUCGGAACACAUUGAUAACAUGUUCAUCAACAGGUUAGGAAUAUCAUCUCUCAUAAGAGAGGCCAUGAGUGCAUACGAUUCACACGAAGAAGGUCGUCUGGUCUACCGAUAUGGAGGGGAACCUGUUGGUUCAUUUCUCCAACCUGCAGUACGCCCUCUAGAGCCAAGUAUAGCCCACGCCCUAUUCAUGGAUGUAACCCAUGACAACCCGUCACCCGUUCAGGUCCGAUCAGUGUAUGAUCUUUUACCCAGUGCUGCCCUGGUUUCAAUGGCAAGCUGUGCAAUAGGAUCCACUCGGGGAUACGAUGAACUUGUGUAUGAACAGAUCCACGUUGUGAAUGAAAAGCGAUUUUACACUUCUUGGAACGAGAAUCCCAAGGAUAGUUCGGAGGUCAACUUUGAAAAUGGUAUCAUCGCUGCCAAGAGGGCUUUGAAUGAACUUCAUCAGACCCUAGGAGAUCAAGGAUAUACUCAGGUGUACGUAGAUCAGGUGGAUGAGAACAUUGUAGCUGUCACACGUCACUGCCCAAUAUCACAUCUUUCUGUCAUCCUUGUCGCCCGGACGGCUUUCAAACAUCCUCACAAUGCAAAGUACACAGGCCAUAUACCACCGCUGUGCAUACCUGGUUCUGUGGAAGAGAUCAUUUUAGAGGCAAGGCUGGUGGAGCAGGAGAGGGAGAGUGCCCCGUCCUCCUCCACACACAUCACCGGACUCUCAAACUAUGGUGUCCAGAUGCAGACCCACGUCACACUCCUCAACAGUGAGGUGUGUGAGCUUCUGCAGCAUGGUAGUCAGGCACAGGCUUCUCUUCAGGAAAUAGACUUUAUCAACUUCCCACCAGGCAGUGUCAUUGCUUUCAAAGUUGUCCCCCACCCGUCUGCUCGAGCAGCUCUCUCUUCCCUCCGGUCCUGCAUCGCUCAGUUUGGCUACCGUGUGCGAACCCUCAGUGGUUCCAGUCCCAUGGCGUCCAACAACUCCAGCUUCCAUACCCUGGCACAGAAGCUCUCCCUGACGGAUAUGAACCAUGUCCUCUACAGGUGUGAUAACGAGGAAAGGGAUGAUGGGAAGGGGUCGGCGACCUACGACAUCCCAAACUUUGGCAAGCUUGUCUACUGCGGAUUGCAAGGGUUCAUGUCAUUGCUAGUAGAUAUCAGAAGUAAGAACGACCUGGGCCAUCCUAUGUGUGAAAACCUGAGGCAAGGUGACUGGAUGCCAGGCUAUGUGGCUAACAGACUCAAGUUAAACCCUGCUACUAAACAGCUUGGUUUAUGGUUUGAGAAAGCAUUCACACCACUCACUCAGAUCCCACGCUACCUCAUACCGUGCUAUUUUGAUGCCAUCAUGGUUGGAGCUUACACGGUCAUCCUCGACUUGGCCUGGAAGAAAAUGAGCUCAUUUGUAUUAGACGGAUCCUCCUUCGUUCGAUCCCUCGCUCUUGGCUCGGUACAGAUGUGUGGUAUUGUGAAAACCUCUCCCCUGCCUGUCAUGUCGCCGUCACUAGAGGGCGUACCGACAGGUCUGGACGAGGAGACCGGGAAGUACGUGCAGAGGGCGUCAACCAUGUCGGCAGGGCUCCCUCAUUUCUCCAGUGGUUUCAUGCGAUGCUGGGGAAGGGAUACGUUCAUCGCACUCCCGGGAUUGCUACUCGUCACAGGAAGGGCUGAUGAGGCAAAACACCUGAUUCUUGCCUUUGCCGGCACCCUGCGUCAUGGGCUCAUCCCAAACCUCCUGGGAGGCGGGGACCACGCCCGGUUUAACUGCAGGGAUGCGGUCUGGUUCUGGCUCUACUGCAUCCAGCUCUAUACCAAGACAGUCAAGGAUGGCAUCUCCAUCCUGGAAGCCCCCAUCUCAAGGAUCUUCCCUUCGGACGAUGCCGACCCACACCCUCCUGGCUUUGUGGACCAACCACUGAGUGAAGUAAUACAAGAAGCAAUGCAGAGACAUGCUGAGGGAGUGAGCUAUAGAGAGAGGCAUGCUGGGCAAGGGCUAGACAGGAAUAUGACAGAUCAAGGGUUCAAUGUAACGCAUGGUGUGGAUCAUAAUACUGGCUUUCCGUUCGGAGGAAGUGAGUGGAAUUGUGGGACAUGGAUGGACAAGGUUGGAGAUUCUGAGCUUGGAGGCAACAGAGGGAUUCCUGCUACUCCCAGGGAUGGAUCUCCAGUAGAGAUAGUUGGUCUAUGCAAGGCAGCAGUGAGGUGGCUUACGGCGCUUCAUAAAGAAGGGAAAUUCCCCCAUGAUGGGGUCACUGUGAGGAUAGAAGGAAAGCAAAGUAAGUUAACGUACUGGGAGUGGGACCACAAGCUCCAGGCUAACUUUGAGAAGCAUUUCUGGAUAGCAUCCGAUGCGAGUAAGACGGCCAAUAAGCUUAUCAACAGACGUGGUAUGUACAAGGAUAGUGUUGGAGCAACACAGUUUUGGGCGGACUAUCAGCUGAGACCCAACUUCCCAAUCGCGAUGGUGGUGGCUCCAGAGCUUUUCACACCCAGUAAUGCAUGGACGGCAUUGAGUCUGCUACAGAAGGAGCUACUUGGCCCUCUAGGAAUGAAAACAUUGGACCCAGGUGACUGGGCAUAUGAAGGAGUCUAUGAUAAUGCCUAUGACGGUCCUAACAAAAAGACUGCUAGAGGUUGGAAUUACCACCAAGGACCGGAAUGGGUGUGGCCGCUUGGAUAUUUCCUACGAGCUAAACUUCAUUUCGCUCGUGUUCUUCCUGAUGCUCCAGCCGAUACGUUUGAAAGCACCGUGCAGUCCAUCCGCAAGACCCUUAUCCGUCACCACGAGGAGAUCAUGGUGUCGCCAUGGCGAGGGCUGCCUGAGCUGACCAAUAAGAACGGGGCCCCCUGCAGAGAUAGCUGCCCUACGCAGGCCUGGUCCAUGGGAUGUCUGCUGGAACUGAUGUCAGACCUAGACCAGGCCCUAAGACAAUAGACCUGGACCUACGGCAAUUCUUAUCAGCUGGCUUUCUGUCAGGAAAUAGUAUUUCCGACUAAGAAUGAGCUCCUGAGGAGUAUUUCGUGAAGUAUCCUUUCAGCAAUUUCACUGACGAAUUUUGUUCUGAGCAAAUCAGAUGCAAGGAUUUGAGUAGCUUAUAACAAUUUUCAGUGAGAAUCCCUGAGUAUUUGUUCUUGAAUUCCCCCAAUCACGAGGAAUGAGAAAUAGUCGUGUCAGGCUCAGACUGAAACAGCCAUCUUGAUUUAUCAUGGAUGUUGAUUAUAAUUUUGUCAACUCUCUUUGUUUGAAUAUAUACCUUUAAUACAUUUAAAGUGAUAAUGCUUAUCCUGCCACAGGAAGUUAGGGGAACUGUGAGACGUCAUCUGACCUCCAGAUCCACUGUCAACUUAUAUAUCUAGAUUGAUAAUUACCUAGAUGUAUCUACUUAUUAUGUUAGAUCAUUGAUUUAACUUGCCUCCCAAAUAUGAUACCCAAUUUUUUGCAUGUAGCGCGCUCAUCUGUCGCCUUGCGGUCUAUUCAGUCUACUCUCUAGUACUUAACUCUUUCUAUUUCACUUCUGUAAAUACAUGUCUGGUUAGAAAAGGUACACUGUAAAUUGUCAUAUGGUCUAGACCAGCUUUGUCUACUUCCAUUGUCAUCUCAUUUCAUCAAAUUCUGCGGUGUGUCCCAGAAAAAAGGAAUCUGGAUUGCUUCACCUUUUUACAUCAAAGGCAAAUUAAUAGUGAUAUUUUAUUUACAUUGUCAUGCAAUUCAAUUAUUCCUCUACAUUUUGAUGCCUCACAUGUGACGAACACUUCACGUAUUAAUGAGCUACAGGAGUUUGAAAUUUUGAUGUCAAAAUCAGGUUGCGCAGAAAAUUUGAACAAGAUCGGUUCGCGAUACGGUGACCGUGCUUAUUUGAUGACUGGCUCAUUAGCAUUUUUUGUAUUCUUUGUUAAGUUUCUCUCACUGAUCCCUGAAAUGUGAGUGGAUUCAGAUUCACACAUGAUUCAUGGUGCAAAUCGUUACUGAUAGGCCUCAAUAUUUAUUGUUUGUAAUCUGCAGUGCAUGAAUGAUUUGCUAAGCUGUUUGUCUCAGAUUAAAGAUGAGUUUCCACUCUUACCAUAAGUAUCAAAUUCACAGUAAAAACGUGUAGUAGUGGUAAAAUCUAGCUCUGAAAAAGGAUUUCCUUUUUUGUGGGAUGCACUGUAGUCUGUCUACAACCAGUUUACUAACAAUUUGUUCUGGUUGCCAUUUAGUUCAUUAAUCAUUUUGUCUAAUUUCCAUUUGGGUUGUACAUGAUUCAUCUCACAUCCUCUUAGUACAUGUACAUCUGCCUAAUCUGUAUGGUUAGUUCAGCAAGUACGAACCAAUUUUUUCAUUUGACAAAUUAAAACGCCACCAUAUAAGUGGAUAAAAUGGAAAUUAGGCCAUCUUGGCUCUAGAUCAAAUGAUAAUUGGAGUAAGUGGGUUUUGAACCAAGUUUAGUGUAGACGAAAAGCAGAUAGACCAAAUUCAUAGUAGACCAAACCAUUUUUAUCCUGUGUGGUAUUAGAAUAGAAUUGACAAGUACCGGUAAAUAUAAAUCAACUUUGCUUUGCUCUCUAAAUAAGCACUCUGCUUGGUGUAGAAACUUGGCUACUCAAUGUAAAGUGAUGUGAACCCCACCAGAUAUUGAAUAUAUUUAUGUUCAAGUUGUGUCAUAUUUAUAGAUAUUUAAUUGUGAAGUCAGGUGAUAAAAUAUUGCAUGCAAUGAAGUUAGUUUCUCUGGGCUCACUGAACAUUCAACACUAAAGAAUAAAGGAGUGCAUUUUGUGGUGGGGUUCACGAAGUGAUGAGCGCAUAAAAACUGUAGUUGAAAACUCUCUACUGGAGGGGCAAUAGUUUAUAACUGAUUACUUUAAUAGCGCUUCCAGUCUAAACAAAUAUAUAUAUCUGAUAUUCCUUUAAGGUUUGUCUGUCAAAUUGUUUUAUGGUGCUCUUGAGUUGUAAGUGAAAUUACUUAUGAGAUAAAUUUUAUGAAUUAUUUUCUGAAAUAUUGAGAUUACUUUAAGCAAAUCUAAAUGCAGUGAUAUCAUUUUAUGAGGUUCAUGCUUUGAUUCAGGGUCUAUUUAUAUUUUUCUGAAACACUCAAGAAUCUUGUUCUGAAAUUGAUGUGUUGAUUGCAAGUAUUGUUUAACUUUGUGAGCAGCCGAUUUAAAAAAUUCUCAAACCAAGAUGAAACAUGUGUACAAGUGCAUGUA